UCCACCUGUCCAGCUGUCCACCUGUCCGCUGCAGGAGACAGGCAGCUGUCUUCUCCCACCUUUGUGCUGGAGAUGCUCCGCAGCGCCGUCGACCAGAGAGAUGUUGACAAGCGUCUAAUUAAGAAAUAAUUACGCAGCUCGUGUUGGAGCGGCGCGUGAGGUCUGCGUGUCUGCUCGCGCUCUAAAAUUAGAAUAAGACCGAGCCACCGGAGGCAGUUUCCAUUCACUAGUUUUUUUUUUUUUUUGUGGGGGGUGUUUUUUUCUGCAUUUUUUCCCUUCCACGCACCUUGGACUUCAGCCGUCUCCACAGAGCCAGCGUGGAUCCGAGGACGAGGUCCGGACCGCUCUAGUCAGACCUGAACCAGAGAGAGAGAUGACCCUUGUUUUGUCCAUGAAUCCUUUCCUGGACCCAGAGGGAGACCCUCCACCCUCCGUAUUCCCACCCAUAUGGGAUUCGGAGCGCUGCACUAAGACCUGCCUGCCAAACCCUGCCACGCCCUGCAGCUCUGAAGAGCGCUUUACAGAAGAACCGCCUUGCAGACGAGUCCCUGAUCACGUUUCCGUGUCAAGGAUUGCUUACUUCAAGAGAAAGUUUGUUGAUGAGGAUGAUGAGGCUCCCUUCAGCUUCAGGACAUACUGUCAAACGGUGGCACCAGUUCUGGAGGAGCGUGCUCAUGUGCUGCGCCUCUCACUGGAGAAGAUGCGAUUCAUCGACGACCCUGAAGCGUUUCUCCGCCGCUCUGUCCUCGUAAACAACCUCCUCCGCCGUCUGCGCGCUGAGAUCCUGCUGCAGAGCAGCGACUGGUGCUUCCCGCCCAACCCGGCGUUCUCCACCGGGCCCUGCAUCCUCCCGAGCAGCUCUGGCCCCGCCCACCAAGUCCUCCAGAGAGCCCUUCCCACCCGAAUCUGCUUAGCCCCCCAGGCCGGCCCACCCCUCCGCAAGCGCUUCCGCAUGGUCCGCGGAGGCCCGGGGGAUCUACGGCCCGACUGUCCCCAGACGUGCUGCUGCAUCUACGCCGCUGCAGCGGCCGCAGGACACUACCUCCACCUCCCCUUCUCCGUGUACGACACGGCGCUCGCAGGCUGCCCCGCCGCGCCGCAGGCCUCCUCCUUCUUCCAGCUCACCGGCCACAGCAAGUUAGGUCUCACGGUGGCCGUCGACGAUCACGACGAUGAUGAUGAAGAUGUCGAGGACGAGGAGGAAAACGAGGAGGGAGACGAGAGGGAGGAGGAGGAGGAAGAGGAGGAGGAGGAAGAAGAUGAGGAACAAAGACAAGCAGGGCCUUCUGGUGAUGACGUUUCGGACAAAUUAGCGCAGAAAAGUAGAACUACCUUGCUGGGUCAUAAACACGGGAGGACAGCGAACAGCUGCGUGGCCGGUAGUGCAGAAGAGGAAGGAGGAGAGCCGGAGGAAGAAGAGGACGAAGAAGAGGAAAAGCCCGUGAGACCUUGUCCAUGGGACUCUGAAAGGGAUCUCCACAGAUUCAACUUCUGGCACCGCCGGGCUCAUAGACAGUAACUAAGAAGUGACGAACAUAAUAAAAUGUAAUGAUGACGACAGCUGUCAUCAGUUGAAGAUGUAUUUCUGCUUAUAGCAAAUUAAGGUGUAUCUACUAACUAUAAUAAUGCCAAGUCAUCUUUAUGUUAACGAUCUAUAUAUGGCUUCUGCUGACAGCGGACACAUUUUUCAGACAAUUAUAACAAACAACGUCACAUGUUGUGGGAUCUUAAAUCCCGAAUGUGAAGUGAAGCUUACUAUUGCACUGUCUCCAAGACCUUGUUCAAGCCCCACAGCACAAAACGGAAGGUCUCAAAAACGGGGCUUUGUAUUGGUGCGACGGUCUCGUUUCAGGACCCUAAACAAACCCACGGAUUAGGGGGUUGUGUGUUUAGAAGUGCGUGCUUCUGUGUGUGUGUGUAUUUGCAAGAUAUGAUGUAGCAUUUUAAAACUUGAUUUUAAGCAGUUCUGUUUGUUAAUGAACAGGUUUCGACGCUGUCUCAGGCAAUGGCAUGCAACUGUGCUGCAGCGGCGCCAUGACGCAAAGAGUCAGAUUACUUUACAACACAAUCAAAUUUUUAAAUCUCAAUUUUAAAGUGCCUUAGUGUUUUUAUGGUUACAUGUAUACUGUGUAUUUAUGUAAUUGUUAGGUUACUAAGUGGCUACUUUGCAUUACCGGUGACUGCUUACAACUACAGUAAAAGAAGACACAUGCAUCUUAUUUGAUGCAGAGUGUGUUAAAGAUUGUUUUUAAGGUUUAACAUUUUAAAUUCUAAAGCAAAGAAAAUUCCCUCACCUAAAAACUGUUUGUGUUUACUACCAAAUGCAUGUUUUUACAACAUUUUGUGCUGAAAAAAAACAAGUAUGCAUCCAACUUUGAAUGACAGAAGUUAACAAUUGUCGAUAUUUAAUGUCCUCUUUCUGAAUUUAAAUUGAACAUUAAAAUUUUUCAAAAAUAAGUUGAAUUUAGCCAGAUAAAACAUUGUGUUGAUGAUAAAAGUUCUACCAAAAUGAUCCACAAGAAACUACACAAAAUACAAAUCUGAAAAUGUAGCUUGUGAUUGAAAAAAUAACAAAUAUGCAUAUUGAGUAUGUCAUGUGUUAGCAAUUAAUUGGCUUAUAUUAGUGGGUUAACUCACUAGUAGGAACGUCUUAAAAAGAUGUUCCGUUUUUUAGGGAAUAUUUCGUCCACUACUCCCAAUAGCUGACUUUCAAGGAGGAAGGUUCCACUAAGAAGUCAAAAGAAGGCGUAAGAAUACAUAAAUGCGAUUGGGAGUAAGUCGGCAGUUCCAGUAACCCUGCAGUGGUGCUUUUGUUUCUUCAGAAGGGAACCAGAUGGUAUGUUCCAGUUACAGGGGAGUCACUCUCCUCGCCCUGCCUGGUUAUCUGUGCAGAGGUGCUGGAGACAGGAGCCUCGGAAUUGGAGGAACAAUACAAGUUCCAGCCUUGUCUUGGAACGCUUGACAGUCUCUUUAUCCUCACUAGAGUCCUGGAGCGGGCUUGAUCCGCAAGCUUGGUCCACAGGUACUUUUGGGGCUUGGGGAAGGCAAUUCACCAUGUCCCUUGAGGGAGGUUCCAAGAGUAUGGUAAUAGGUCCAUUGCUAUGCCAUUGGCCAUACGUAUGGUAUAUAAACACACCAUAUGUCCAUUGGCUAUUCAGUCACUGUACACACAAGAAAGAGUUUGGUCCACAUUCCCAGCAGUAGGUUAGAUUUAAUCUGGUUGGGUGUUGGACUCCAUCAGGACUCCUCUCAAUGAAUCCGUUCAUAACUUUUAUGGACAGUUUCUUGGCGGAGCAGAGUAGUUUGGUUGUCUCGGGAGUCCAGCUUUUUGCAGAUGAUGUGGACCUGUGGCAUCAAUGAGCUACAAUCUUCCUCGAUCACGGGGGCAGUUUCCAGCUGAGUGUGAAGCUGUGAAGAUGAGAA